AAUAACGAUAUAAAAAGGAUGAUGUUAUACAAACGACGUCAGUAAACAAAGCCGCUAGACAUGAAACAGACGGUGCGGUCCUGUAUCGUCCUUUGCCUUUUUGUAGGCUUGGGAAAUGCAUCAGUAAGAGUGCGUCGAGGCUAUGGAGGUAGCGUUGGAGGGGGAGGGGGAGGAGGAGGAGGCGGUGGAGGAGGAUUCGGUUUCGGAGGCGGUGGCGGUGGCGGAUUCGGCUUCGGAGGCGGUAGCGGGGGCGCCUUCGGAGGAGGCCUCGAUACGAUCCGGGAAGGUGUUGGCAAUAUUAUCGGAAAGGUUCACGCCGGUCUCUCCGGUUUGGGUGGCGGAGGUUUUGGCGCUGGAGGCGGCGGAGGUUUUGGCGCCGGAGGCGGCGGAGGUUUUGGCACUGGAGGCGGUGGAGGUCUUGGAGGUGGUAGUCAUGGUGGAUUUGGAGGAUCUAAUGAAAAAACGAUCUACACGAAAUCGAACGAUGGAAAAUCUGGUGGUUUCGCCUUCACCGGUACAUUAGAUGGCGGAAAAGGUGGUUACGGCGGUGGCGGUGGAUACAGUAAUGGCGGUAAUGGAGGCGGCGGCUACGGUGGCGGCGCUGGGUUCGGUGCCGGAGGAGGCUUAGGUAGCGGUGGAUCAGGAGAAGGUGCUGGCGGGCACAGCGGCAGUGGAAACGGAAAGUACAAUGGAGCGAGUGGAUCCGGAAAUAACGGCUACGGAGGCAGCAGCGGCGGAGCAUUCGGUGCAGGAGGUGGAUUUGGAGGGGGUGCUGGCGGUGGCCUGGGCGGUGGUGGAGCAGCAGGGGGACUAGGCAGUGGCAGUGGAAAAUACGGUGGCUCCGGAAACGGUGGCUAUGGAAGCAGUGGAAGUGGAGGAUUUGGCGGAGGUGCAGGUUUUGGAGGGGGAGCCGGUGGUAGUAAACACAGCAGUGGCGGUCACAGUGGUGGAGGAGGCUUCGGUGCCAGUGGUGGAUUUGGUGGAGGAGGAGGUGGAGGAGGUGGUGGUGGUUCUGGAUCUCAUGAAAAUUCUGGAAGUGAAGAAUAUGGAUCAAAUGAAAAUGAAUUUCACGUAAAAGGCGACAGUAAUGGCGGCAGUAGUGGUGGAGGGUUGGGAGGUGGUGCGGGCGGUGGAUUUGGAGGUGGAAGUGGCCACGGCGGCAGUAUUAGUGGUGGUUAUGGUAGUCACGGUGGAAAUAAAGGAACUGGCAACGUUGGUUACGGCGGUGGAGGCGCUGGAGGAGGUUAUGGCGGUGGCGCUGGAGGGGGCUAUGGCGGUGGCGCUGGAGGGGGUUUAGGCGGCGGUACCGAUGGUAGCUUUGGGUUGGGCCUCACAGCUGGAUUUUCUGGGAUCGGCGCCGGAAAAGGAGGUGGAUUUGGUAGCGGUGGAGGAGGACUGGGCGCCGGAGCAGGUACGAGCCACAGCGGUGGAUUCGGCGGAUCACUUGGCUUUGGUGGUGGACACGGUGGUUAUGGCGGAAGUGGAGGAAGUAGCCAUAGUGGUUCCGGUGGAUAUGGCGGAAGUGGAGGAAGUGGCCACAGUGGAUCCGGUGGAUAUGGCGGAAGUGGCCACGGUGGUUCAGGUGGUGGCUGUACUUCUGGUUGCGGUGGCAGCGGUGGUUACGAAAGCCAUAGUAAUGCCUUUGCCUCUGCUAGUGCUAAAGCUUCAGCCUCUGCUAGUGUCGGAAGCUAUGGCAAAUGAAAUGCGUUUCGUAAUUAAUAGACUGUUUCUCUAAUGGCCAUAUAAUUAUAUGAGACUAUUCUAGUUAGUUACAUAAAAUAAACUCUAAUAUUAUGUUGCAAUAAAAUUGUUUUUCUGUAAUAUAA